GAACAGAGACAGUUUUGGAGUUUUGCAGCUUUGUCCUGGAACAGCAGGGACAGCAGAGACAGCACCAUGUUGCCGACCACCAGCAACGGUUCCCUCGGUGCCAGGGAUGCCGCGCGUCACACGGCGGGCGCCAAGCGAUACAAGUACCUGCGGCGGCUGCUCCACUUCAGACAGAUGGACUUUGAGUUUGCCAUCUGGCAGAUGCUUUACCUGUUCACGUCACCGCAGAGAGUCUACCGCAACUUCCACUACAGGAAACAGACAAAGGACCAGUGGGCCAGGGACGACCCGGCUUUCCUGGUCCUGCUCAGCAUCUGGCUGUGUGUGUCAACAAUAGGCUUCGGUCUGGUGCUCGACAUGGGUGUCGUGGAGACCCUGAAGCUGCUGCUGUGGGUGGUCUUUGUUGACUGCAUAGGAGUCGGCCUGCUCAUAUCAACCCUUAUGUGGUUUAUCAGCAACAAAUACCUGCUGAAUCAUACGAGCAGAAACCACGACGUGGAGUGGGGCUACGCGUUCGACGUUCACCUCAACGCUUUCUACCCUCUUCUAGUCAUCCUGCAUUUCCUGCAGCUCUUCUUCAUCAACCAUAUCGUGGUGAUAAACUCAGACUGGUUCCUGGGAUACUUUGUGGGGAACACUUUGUGGCUGAUCGCCAUCGGUUAUUAUCUCUACAUCACGUUCUUAGGGUACAACGCUCUACCCUUCCUGAAGAACACCGUGGUGCUGCUCUACCCGUUCGCUCUGCUCGGCCUCGUCUACGUCCUCUCCGUCUCGCUGGGCUGGAACUUCACCCAGGGUCUGUGCUGGUUUUACAAGUACAGAGUCCAGUAGAACCGGUUUGCCUCUCAAGGUUGGGACACUCGUCGGCUCGAGGCCGACUCACAUCUUAGGUGACGAGGAUUUCCAGCUUCUGUCAGUCAACAUCUGGUUGAGUGGGACUCGGCCUCUGGUUGACUCUCAGUAAACUGGCACGCCGGGCUGUUGCUCGACUCUCACUCGACUCUGUUGAUUUUCCGUUUGGCUCUUGUGUUGAGCUCCUGAAGUUGGUGAACAGUGACGCGUUUGGACUGGAAACGGGUGACAGAUGAGAUUCAGCUUUUAUCUUUUUUGUAUGAUUUGUAAAUAUUAUUCUGGCAGGUUGUAAUAUAUACACCCACGAGGAAAACAGUUGCUUUGUUUCUUUGAGUUUUCUUUAAAAAAAAAAAGACUGAAAAACAUGAAAUCCUGGUUAUUGAAGAGAAAAAAGGAAAGUGGAGGAUCGUGGGAUGCAAACUUUUUUUUUCGUCCUUUUACUUUUUUUUCUUAAAGUGUACAUUCCAAAGCACUUUCAAUAAAAGGUUUUAUUAACUUAA